AACCUGCUACCUGCGACCUGCAAAAUAUACCUGCCGCACGGAACGGUUCUCCACCAACAAGCGGGAGUUAAUUUUAUGUGACUAGUGUCGUCGUAGGAUAAGUUCUCUUUGGUCGUUACUGUUUUAUACCAUAUGAUCCUUGCUUGAUAAUCUGUUUCUCUGUUAGCUUUAUUUUGGACUAAAUACCGCGCGUUCGUGUCGCUUGAUGAGAAGGUCUUCCGCUCCAAUGCGGAUAAGAACGCAUUGGAGCGCAUCACCGAAAAUUCAACUGAAACUGAGGCCAGGCGGGACCCUCAUCCCGACCCUCAUAGAUCAAUCCUGUUAAAGAGCUUAUUUAAUUUAUUGGGGAGUGCGAGCCUCAUAAUCUUUAGAACAUAGUGCUGAUUAAUUCAAGAAGUAUUUAUUGAAACUCUUGCUGUGUCAUGCAUAAAUUUAAGACUAACAUUUAGCUGAUGGUGGUACUCUAAUUAUUUGCAUGUUAUAGUUUAACGUUCAGUGUCUAACGAUGAGAGACUGGUAUACACAUAAAGCUAUUUGCAAAAAGGGAUAUUAAGGUGGUAUGAAUUUCGUCAGGAUUUUAUACUUAAUUUACAAAAUAAUAGAAGCAUUUUUGGCAUUAGGGGUUUCCCUGAAAUAUAGAUUAGGAAAGUAAAAGAAUAUUCUACGUGCUUGACGCACUCUUGUAUGCUACAGCGCAUGAUAGGCGUACCAGAAGAUCGCCAUUUGGCGAGUGACACUAUAACCAAAAUUGAGAAUAACGUGCAGAUAAUUGCUACCUUUUCUGAAUUUUUCGUGAAUUGCUCAAGGCCAACGGAUUGCAUCGUGAAUACUACUCCCAUAUAAUUUAUUCAGUCCUUUUCAAAACAGAAAUAUGGCAUGACAAUAAUAAAAAGUGUUUUACAUAAUGUCAACUGAUCUCAUGAUUUCAUGUCAACUGACUUUUGAUGGCAUGAUUUCUUAAAAAUGUAGUCUAAGGACAAAAAGACGCGGACUCUGGCCAAGAUCGAGUUGAAAAAUCCGCGAUUCACGAGCUUCUGGUCGUUUCAACUUUUAUGCUGACUGGCCAACGAUCCAAAAUGAGCACGCUGUGCAUGCUCAAAAAAUUGGAUUAUUCCACAGUCAACCUCGUACCUAGAGUCUGACCAGCGGUUGGGAAGCGAGCGACCUCGGAAAGUUCUAAUUGGAAGUCCGGAAAUAUCGGACGUCUGGUUGAAUUGCACUGAAUUGUCCAGCUGACAAACACGUGGCUUAAUCGACUCGUCGUACAUUUUCAUUGUUUUUAAACCAGUCGAAAUCGAGUUGUGUAAAGAAACUCUCAAGAGUCACUCGUUUUGUCAAGCUUGCAGAGAAAGAAACGAAGACUCGAGAAACGAGCCUUGAGCCAGAGUGCGCGUUUUGACCAAAAGAAAACCAGGCUCUGGGUCGAAAUUGAGCUUUCAGCUGAUCCAAAUGUGUAAAUUGCUUUUUUCUCGACUAAAGAAAUGGCAUCCUCAAGCACAUCAGGAACAGUCGGACAACUUACUAAACCGGAGUACAGAAACUGGCUUGCACUUGGUCAUGCCUUAACAACAGAGAUGUGCCAAGGCCUUCGCCCGUUUAUUACCAGAGAGCUGAAGACUUUCUAUGCGAGGGUGUCGGUACGAACUGGCGGGGGACCCUGCACCUGUGUCCGUGUCCCGCGGAGAAAACCAAACGAGUACCACGACAUGAGUACCUGCGCAUGGGCUAAUAUCCUUCAGGCUCAUCACAAUCGAAACAAACCGAACUGGAAACAAAGUGAUCCUGCUAAAUGGAUGGAUCCAAUCCUGGGCCCCUGGGAAAUAGCUAAACUCUUCCUUCCUGAUUUGGGGGGACAUGCCGAUAUUAAGAGUGCAAACGACAUGGACAUCACUGGUAUCUUGAAUCUGAUGUACUGGUGUAACCAGUUCACUAUUCCUCAACCCUUGAUUGACGAAGUCCGUAAAAUACGAAACAACAACUGGGUGCAUGUGCCUUGUCUAGAGUUGACCGAUGCUGACAAGAAGGUCGCAUUUGAUGCCAUUGAAAAUCUGCUUCAGGAUCCCAACGUAGCUCAUGACCCUGACGCCCAGCAAGCCCUAAAAGAGAUUGGCAACCUUAAGUCCGUUUCCGAUCUGCACAGUAUGGAAGCUCGAGUGUUGGCUGACUUUAAAGAAGUUAUUGGAAAAGAGCUUUUAAACCUUAAUAUCGAUUUAGCCAGAUUGAAGGAGGAGUCUGCUAGAAAUAAUGAAGAACAAAGCCAGUUAAAACAACAACAGGAGGUUUUGACAAAACAACUCAGUGAACUGAAUCGGCAAAGAAAACACGAAGACAGCAAGUCUUGGCUUGGUGUGCUCGGAAACCUGGCAGGAAACGUCAAAGGCCUAAGAAAACGCGAUGCUGUCUUAUGGUUGAUGCUGUUGUUACUCUGUCAUUGCUUUGUCGUUUUGGAUCAUUCUUAUGACAGAGACGGAUGUUCCAUCCAGGUGUACAGUGAUCAAUGGGAGCUCAAAUACUUCGACUUCAGUGACUUUAUCAAUUCGUCGAACGCAGAAUUCAUCGGACGUCAGUGGCUGUACCAGGAAAUGGAAAGUGUCUUAGAGCACACUAACAAGCGUGGUGUUUUAAUAACAGGAAAUCCUGGCUCUGGAAAGUCCGCCUUUUUAAGCCAUUUACUUUGUUCCAGAACAUCCAGCCCACUCAUCCAUGGCAGAACCCUCGGGUACCAUUUUUGCAUGCACUUCGACAAAGGGACGCAGAGUGGAGCCAAAUUUGUUAGAAACCUUGCAAAUAUGAUCGCCUGGAGAAUCGCUGAAUAUGGUCAACUUAUUUCGACAGACUUGUUUGCCCGCAGGGUGUUGUAUAAAGAUUGUGCUCAAGAUCCAGAAUGGUGUUUUGAGCAGGGAAUCCUCACACCUUUGAAAAAACUGCAGCAGCAACGAAUGGAGCCAUGGUAUGUGGUCAUUGAUGCCUUGGAUGAAUGUGCGAAUGACAAAGCAGAGAUUCUCAACUUGCUCAAAUCCAAACUUCCUCGAUUUCCAAAGUGGUUAAAACUAAUUGUCAGUUCACGGAACGUUAGCACCAUCACUGCAAGCCUAGAUUGUCUGCAGAGAGUAGAGUUAAGAUCGGACGAUGAGAGGAAUCGUAAUGAUAUUGACACAUAUCUAUCACUGAAGGUCUUUUCAAUGAAAGAAUCCAUCAUACACAGGAUUAAGACAGCCCUUAAAAUCAAGGAUAACGAAGCGCCAACUCAGAAAAUUGUCUCAGUCCUAGCCGAUAAAAGUCAGGGGAACUUCCAGUUUGUUAAAGUCGUGUUGGACUUGUGGCUCGCAUCAGCAGAGAGUUUUACAUGGGAUUCUUUUCCAAAGUCACUUGACAGUUCUUAUCAAUUGUACUUUGAAAGAAAGUAUGGCGCGCCCGAAACUUUUCAAUCUUUGCGACAAAUUUUUGAAGUCUUAGUUGCAGCGUACAAACCGCUUAACAUCCAUGAAAUGCACUCACUGCUAAGGCUUGACAACCCAACUCUUGAUCUAGAAUACGAGUUUAUACCGAAACUUGAACAGGUCUCUUUGUUCUUGUGGCAUGGAUCAGGGGAUGGCCUUAUUCAAAUUUAUCAUACUUCUUUGUCCGAAUGGCUCACUAGUGAAGGCAACAAAGGAAAGUUUUAUUACAUCAAGAAACAAAAUGGCCAUAACCGUCUUGCAAAGUACUAUCUAAAAAACGCUAUUGAAAGCAAUUCACCACUUAAACCCGACGAGGCUUUUCACCUAGCCAGUCACAUUGUUGAAGGGGAUCUGGAGGAAUUUAUGGUCAAGCAAUUUCUGUCGCUUCCUUCGAACCAAAUCAACACCACUGACUCUGUGACCCGAGCAACGGCACUUCACCACAGUUCAAGUUCCUUUCAUGCCGAUGUAACUAAACUUUUGGUGCACCACUUCUCAAACGUUGACUGCUUAGAUAACGACCAGCGCACACCAUCCUUUAUAGCGGCAACUUCAGGGCAUUUGGAUAACUUGAAAAUACUGUUUCAAAGAGGAGCUAACCUAAACCACACCACGUCUUAUCUAGAUGCUGAAAUUGUUUCUCAUUCCCAAGAUCCCAUCACCGAAUGCAAAAGGAAGUUGUGUGAAUAUUCACUUCUGCAUACAGCCUCUCAAGAAGGUAACGUCCACGUUGUAAAAUUUCUCAUUGGCCACAAAGUGGACAUCAUGAAGACAACUGGAGCUAAUAAUACUGCAUUACAGUUAGCAGCAGCAAACGGGCAUCUUGAGACUGUCCAGACUCUCAGAACAGCUGGCGAAGUUCUGGACGGCACCGCGCUACAUCACUCCGCCGCUAGGGGCCACAACCAUGUUGUGCAGUAUCUACUGAGAGAAGGAAUGAAAGACACUUGUAUCCACACAAUUCCUUCGUCCAUGUUUUCUGAUGAAGAGGACAGUGAACUGAACUCCGUUAAAGUACGUUUGUAUGAUAACCGUCAUCUUUAUUUGCGUGAAACAGCUCUUCAUGCGGCAAUCGGAAGUGGCCAUCUUUCAGUAAUAAAGGCACUGCUAAGCGAAGACCAAACGGCUAUUGACUGCCCAAAUUCCGCAGGUAGACGCCCCCUGCACGAGGCUGUUCAUGCAAAUAACUAUAAUACACUGAAACUGUUGCUAGCAUCUGGGGCGAAUGCUGAUGUUCAGUGCGACAGCAGACCGUUAUCAUUGAGUAUGGAGUCCUUUAUACCAGCAAAGUUUACUCGAACUCAUUGUCCGUGUGGGUUUACUUCUCUGCAUAUUGCUGUUGCUCACGGGUAUCACAGUGUUGCCGAGCUGCUUAUUAAUCACAAGGCAGAUGUUAAUGCACUAGAUUGCAACGGUUCGACCCCUCUUCACGUCGCCUCUUGCCAAGACAUGCCAUCCCUCGUGGCCCUUCUAGUCCACAGUGGAGCCGAUAUCACUGCACGAAGUCUGAAUGGUUCGACACCUCUUCACAGCGCGGCAGCAUGUUUUGCAAAGAACGUUUACUGGUCUUUGAUUAAUCUGGGCUGUGAUAUCCUUGCUACUGAUAGCGGAGGGAUGACUGCAUUACACUAUAUUGUCAAAGACGUUUCCUAUGUUGGUCCAGAGUAUUUUGUUGAUUUGUAUGUGAGCAAUCCAAAGGGUUGGAUAGAGCCGAAUCAAAGAGGCGCUUCCCAACAGCAGACGACCUUGAGCAAGCUGGAUUUACAGUAUCCUUGGUUAAGCGCGUUCGUAAAGCUAGUCGAGAGCUUUGCCAAAUCAGAAAGAGCUAGAAAGACGGCCAUUUUAGAGAUGAAAGACAAGAGGAAUCGGACUGUUUUUGAUAAAUUAGAAGAGAGAACCAAUACCUCUUCUCUUUUAACCGGAAGUAGUAUAACCAGUGGUAGCCUUUUCGUACUAUCACUGACUCCUUUUAUUUUCGCUUACGACGUCACCUGCUCGGAAACUCUAAAGAGCCAUGUUGUAGCUUUAAACAAGCCAUAUGAACCAGGUUUAAUUCCAAAGGCUUUAACGAGAGUUUUAUCGAGAGCAUAUACAUCCACAUUUACAAACUUAAACUGCUCCAAACUGCUAAACUUUGUUCGUCUAAACUUCGUUCAUGCAGUAAACACCGUAUUACAAGCGGGUGUUGACGUAAACUGUCGAGAUGUAUCAGGAUUGACUCCUCUUCUGGUUUAUCUACGUACUGGUGGCCGUCACAUGUCCAAAGUCCUAGUAAAACAUAAUGUAGAGAUGAAGAUCACAUGCGGAGAUCCCUUUGAAAAUUCCGUCUUGCACUUAGUCUCAUAUCACAAACUACACUACCUCCACUACCUUUCUGAGUUUUUACUGGGCAGUGGCAACUGGCGUAAAUAUUUGCAAACAAAAAACGCGAUAUUUGAUUAUUUCCUGGAUAGAUAUGACGAGGAAAACAACAAAGGAAACGUUGAAACUAUAAAAACAGGUGAUGGCCCAUUGACCUCGGCGAUUCUGUCACAUCCUAAAAGUAGUAACGUUGUUGACGAAUGCUUUGAUGCAGAGGGCUACAACGCCUUCCACAGAGCAGCUCAGGGUGCAAAUUUGGUCGCAAUUCAUAAAUAUCUUUCUUGGGGAGCUAACCCUCUUUUAGAAUCUGCAGAUGGGUUUUCUGCGUUGUGGCUCUCUAUAUUAUAUGCUGUGAAGUACAGACCUUUCUUGAAUCUUGGUAGACCUAGUGUACUGACAUCUCUAGAAGUCGAACUUGCCUCGUUUUCAGCGUCUGCUAUUUUAGAUCACAUUCUUCGAAAUGGGACUAUGGAUGUAGGCUGUAACAAAAGUCGCUCAGAUUUAACCCUUUACCACGUUGCUGCAUCCCGGGGAAUGUGGCAAUUCAUCGCACAUUUGCUUUCCAGUAAAGAUAUUCUUGGUAUAGAUGUAGACUGUACAAACAAAGAUGGAAUCACUCCAAUGUACUUGGCAAAGGUCAUUGGGGGGGACACUUGUGAGUGGCACAGUCCUUGGUGCAAAGUCGUUGAAGUGAUCAAAAGCUAUGGUGGAACUCUCCAGUAUCCCCCGCUGGAAACGGAAUAUUUUCUCAUCUUCAAUGUAUUUUUCGGAGUGAAUCCUAGUUCGCUCUUUCUUGAGCUUACUGAGCAUGAAAUACUGACACUCCAGGAGGGUUGUGGGCGUGAUGAGUGCCGAGCAUAUGAAGCCAGAAAUGUUGACCUUUUUAAAACAUCUGACGAACUUGAUAGAGUUCGACUCGAUUACCAAAAGAAGGUGGACAAAUGUUCCACAUAUAUGGGAGAUUGCCCAGCUGACAUAAAGACAAGUUUCCCUCAUCUUACACUUGUGGUGUUCUUCUUUGACCGCCAACAGGCCCUAAAGUUCAACUUUUUUUACAUUCGAAACUCCUUCGUCAAUUUUCUAGACAAAGAAAUCGAACGAUUGAAGGACCUUCUGUCUAUCGCAACGAGACCCCAAGCAGAAGUGCCCUGCAAAGAUUCUCAAGAAAACUACAAACCACCAACGGAUAGGAUUGAUAUUUGUUCCCGCUACCAUAAGCAAGACCUAGAAACUGUUCUUCACCAGUGGUAUCGCAAUUACAAAGAAAGUCUCGACUUGGUUCUGGAAAACUCAGACGAAGUGAAAUCGUCUAUGCCGAUCAAUGGGAAACUCCCACGCUUUUUAGCAAAAAUGAAUUUUGCACUAACUAAUUAUGAUACAACGUUAAGCUGUGACUGGCAGGCAGUUGCAAUCAAGUACGUACAACUUAGUUUUCAAGUCCGUAACUUGAACUUCUGGAAUCAAGCGGUACACGAAACGAAUACAGUGCCAAGUAUAUCAGAUUUUCUGUCAAAGAGAAUGGAAAAGGCUAUCCUUCAACAUUCAGAAGAAUCGCUGAAACUUGUUUUGAAGCUCGCGUCUGGAGAGCCAUCUGAACACUAUAAUUAUCUCAGAACUUUGAGAUUCACAAAGCCACCCAUGUGGCACGAAACGUUUUCAGGUAUAGGAAAUUUUGGAUGGAGAUCUUGGGGCNGUGUGCUCGGAAACCUGGCAGGAAACGUCAAAGGCCUAAGAAAACGCGAUGCUGUCUUAUGGUUGAUGCUGUUGUUACUCUGUCAUUGCUUUGUCGUUUUGGAUCAUUCUUAUGACAGAGACGGAUGUUCCAUCCAGGUGUACAGUGAUCAAUGGGAGCUCAAAUACUUCGACUUCAGUGACUUUAUCAAUUCGUCGAACGCAGAAUUCAUCGGACGUCAGUGGCUGUACCAGGAAAUGGAAAGUGUCUUAGAGCACACUAACAAGCGUGGUGUUUUAAUAACAGGAAAUCCUGGCUCUGGAAAGUCCGCCUUUUUAAGCCAUUUACUUUGUUCCAGAACAUCCAGCCCACUCAUCCAUGGCAGAACCCUCGGGUACCAUUUUUGCAUGCACUUCGACAAAGGGACGCAGAGUGGAGCCAAAUUUGUUAGAAACCUUGCAAAUAUGAUCGCCUGGAGAAUCGCUGAAUAUGGUCAACUUAUUUCGACAGACUUGUUUGCCCGCAGGGUGUUGUAUAAAGAUUGUGCUCAAGAUCCAGAAUGGUGUUUUGAGCAGGGAAUCCUCACACCUUUGAAAAAACUGCAGCAGCAACGAAUGGAGCCAUGGUAUGUGGUCAUUGAUGCCUUGGAUGAAUGUGCGAAUGACAAAGCAGAGAUUCUCAACUUGCUCAAAUCCAAACUUCCUCGAUUUCCAAAGUGGUUAAAACUAAUUGUCAGUUCACGGAACGUUAGCACCAUCACUGCAAGCCUAGAUUGUCUGCAGAGAGUAGAGUUAAGAUCGGACGAUGAGAGGAAUCGUAAUGAUAUUGACACAUAUCUAUCACUGAAGGUCUUUUCAAUGAAAGAAUCCAUCAUACACAGGAUUAAGACAGCCCUUAAAAUCAAGGAUAACGAAGCGCCAACUCAGAAAAUUGUCUCAGUCCUAGCCGAUAAAAGUCAGGGGAACUUCCAGUUUGUUAAAGUCGUGUUGGACUUGUGGCUCGCAUCAGCAGAGAGUUUUACAUGGGAUUCUUUUCCAAAGUCACUUGACAGUUCUUAUCAAUUGUACUUUGAAAGAAAGUAUGGCGCGCCCGAAACUUUUCAAUCUUUGCGACAAAUUUUUGAAGUCUUAGUUGCAGCGUACAAACCGCUUAACAUCCAUGAAAUGCACUCACUGCUAAGGCUUGACAACCCAACUCUUGAUCUAGAAUACGAGUUUAUACCGAAACUUGAACAGGUCUCUUUGUUCUUGUGGCAUGGAUCAGGGGAUGGCCUUAUUCAAAUUUAUCAUACUUCUUUGUCCGAAUGGCUCACUAGUGAAGGCAACAAAGGAAAGUUUUAUUACAUCAAGAAACAAAAUGGCCAUAACCGUCUUGCAAAGUACUAUCUAAAAAACGCUAUUGAAAGCAAUUCACCACUUAAACCCGACGAGGCUUUUCACCUAGCCAGUCACAUUGUUGAAGGGGAUCUGGAGGAAUUUAUGGUCAAGCAAUUUCUGUCGCUUCCUUCGAACCAAAUCAACACCACUGACUCUGUGACCCGAGCAACGGCACUUCACCACAGUUCAAGUUCCUUUCAUGCCGAUGUAACUAAACUUUUGGUGCACCACUUCUCAAACGUUGACUGCUUAGAUAACGACCAGCGCACACCAUCCUUUAUAGCGGCAACUUCAGGGCAUUUGGAUAACUUGAAAAUACUGUUUCAAAGAGGAGCUAACCUAAACCACACCACGUCUUAUCUAGAUGCUGAAAUUGUUUCUCAUUCCCAAGAUCCCAUCACCGAAUGCAAAAGGAAGUUGUGUGAAUAUUCACUUCUGCAUACAGCCUCUCAAGAAGGUAACGUCCACGUUGUAAAAUUUCUCAUUGGCCACAAAGUGGACAUCAUGAAGACAACUGGAGCUAAUAAUACUGCAUUACAGUUAGCAGCAGCAAACGGGCAUCUUGAGACUGUCCAGACUCUCAGAACAGCUGGCGAAGUUCUGGACGGCACCGCGCUACAUCACUCCGCCGCUAGGGGCCACAACCAUGUUGUGCAGUAUCUACUGAGAGAAGGAAUGAAAGACACUUGUAUCCACACAAUUCCUUCGUCCAUGUUUUCUGAUGAAGAGGACAGUGAACUGAACUCCGUUAAAGUACGUUUGUAUGAUAACCGUCAUCUUUAUUUGCGUGAAACAGCUCUUCAUGCGGCAAUCGGAAGUGGCCAUCUUUCAGUAAUAAAGGCACUGCUAAGCGAAGACCAAACGGCUAUUGACUGCCCAAAUUCCGCAGGUAGACGCCCCCUGCACGAGGCUGUUCAUGCAAAUAACUAUAAUACACUGAAACUGUUGCUAGCAUCUGGGGCGAAUGCUGAUGUUCAGUGCGACAGCAGACCGUUAUCAUUGAGUAUGGAGUCCUUUAUACCAGCAAAGUUUACUCGAACUCAUUGUCCGUGUGGGUUUACUUCUCUGCAUAUUGCUGUUGCUCACGGGUAUCACAGUGUUGCCGAGCUGCUUAUUAAUCACAAGGCAGAUGUUAAUGCACUAGAUUGCAACGGUUCGACCCCUCUUCACGUCGCCUCUUGCCAAGACAUGCCAUCCCUCGUGGCCCUUCUAGUCCACAGUGGAGCCGAUAUCACUGCACGAAGUCUGAAUGGUUCGACACCUCUUCACAGCGCGGCAGCAUGUUUUGCAAAGAACGUUUACUGGUCUUUGAUUAAUCUGGGCUGUGAUAUCCUUGCUACUGAUAGCGGAGGGAUGACUGCAUUACACUAUAUUGUCAAAGACGUUUCCUAUGUUGGUCCAGAGUAUUUUGUUGAUUUGUAUGUGAGCAAUCCAAAGGGUUGGAUAGAGCCGAAUCAAAGAGGCGCUUCCCAACAGCAGACGACCUUGAGCAAGCUGGAUUUACAGUAUCCUUGGUUAAGCGCGUUCGUAAAGCUAGUCGAGAGCUUUGCCAAAUCAGAAAGAGCUAGAAAGACGGCCAUUUUAGAGAUGAAAGACAAGAGGAAUCGGACUGUUUUUGAUAAAUUAGAAGAGAGAACCAAUACCUCUUCUCUUUUAACCGGAAGUAGUAUAACCAGUGGUAGCCUUUUCGUACUAUCACUGACUCCUUUUAUUUUCGCUUACGACGUCACCUGCUCGGAAACUCUAAAGAGCCAUGUUGUAGCUUUAAACAAGCCAUAUGAACCAGGUUUAAUUCCAAAGGCUUUAACGAGAGUUUUAUCGAGAGCAUAUACAUCCACAUUUACAAACUUAAACUGCUCCAAACUGCUAAACUUUGUUCGUCUAAACUUCGUUCAUGCAGUAAACACCGUAUUACAAGCGGGUGUUGACGUAAACUGUCGAGAUGUAUCAGGAUUGACUCCUCUUCUGGUUUAUCUACGUACUGGUGGCCGUCACAUGUCCAAAGUCCUAGUAAAACAUAAUGUAGAGAUGAAGAUCACAUGCGGAGAUCCCUUUGAAAAUUCCGUCUUGCACUUAGUCUCAUAUCACAAACUACACUACCUCCACUACCUUUCUGAGUUUUUACUGGGCAGUGGCAACUGGCGUAAAUAUUUGCAAACAAAAAACGCGAUAUUUGAUUAUUUCCUGGAUAGAUAUGACGAGGAAAACAACAAAGGAAACGUUGAAACUAUAAAAACAGGUGAUGGCCCAUUGACCUCGGCGAUUCUGUCACAUCCUAAAAGUAGUAACGUUGUUGACGAAUGCUUUGAUGCAGAGGGCUACAACGCCUUCCACAGAGCAGCUCAGGGUGCAAAUUUGGUCGCAAUUCAUAAAUAUCUUUCUUGGGGAGCUAACCCUCUUUUAGAAUCUGCAGAUGGGUUUUCUGCGUUGUGGCUCUCUAUAUUAUAUGCUGUGAAGUACAGACCUUUCUUGAAUCUUGGUAGACCUAGUGUACUGACAUCUCUAGAAGUCGAACUUGCCUCGUUUUCAGCGUCUGCUAUUUUAGAUCACAUUCUUCGAAAUGGGACUAUGGAUGUAGGCUGUAACAAAAGUCGCUCAGAUUUAACCCUUUACCACGUUGCUGCAUCCCGGGGAAUGUGGCAAUUCAUCGCACAUUUGCUUUCCAGUAAAGAUAUUCUUGGUAUAGAUGUAGACUGUACAAACAAAGAUGGAAUCACUCCAAUGUACUUGGCAAAGGUCAUUGGGGGGGACACUUGUGAGUGGCACAGUCCUUGGUGCAAAGUCGUUGAAGUGAUCAAAAGCUAUGGUGGAACUCUCCAGUAUCCCCCGCUGGAAACGGAAUACUUUCUCAUCUUCAAUGUAUUUUUCGGAAUGAAUCCUAGUUCGCUGUUUCUUGAUCUUACUGAGCAUGAAAUACUUACACUCCAGGAGGGUUGUGGACGUGAAGAAUGCCGAAAAUAUGAAGCCAGAAAUGUUGACAUUUUUAGAACAUCUGACGAACUUGAUAGAGUUCAACUCGAUUACCAAAAGAAGGUGGACAAAUGUUCCACAUAUAUGGAAGAUUGCCCAGCUGACAUAAAGACAAGUUUCCCU